UUCAGCAACCGCCUGCGGUACCUCAGCCAGGUGUUUCUUUGGCACAGUUUCCGGCGCUGUUCGACAGCUUCCGGUUCACAAGCAGUAGGCCCGGAUGCCCACUGAUCUCUCCUUUUGCUCCGUCGCCACCUUCGGCCCAUUGGCGUUGGUAAGGUUUGCAUGGGCUGCUGCCGUGUCGCCGGGGCGCCACCAACUGGCAGAGCUCGGAACAGACGGGCGAAACACGGCCUUUCGUGGCCAGAAGUCCGGUUACCGCUGCGCCCGCCCCCUCGCCCGGUUACCUCUGCUGGUGCUGUUGCUCUCGCCUGACUCGCUGCCUCCUUUGUUGAAAUUUGCCCUCCGACCGCCUGGCGCGCCAUUUGAAGUGUGCAGAGAGAAUACAAAUAGUACGAUAAUAGAUGCAAGUAAGGGGUUUGGUGAAAUAAAAAAGGGUGUGAACUUUCCCUCUGCGCACACGCGCGCUGCUAGGAAAUAACGGGUGUGUCUGUUUGCUAUAGCCGUUGGCAGUG